AUGGACGCCGACUCUUCAAGAACCGCCGCCGCCGCCACCGCUCAGUCCCUCUUCCCGAUGGAGACCCGGCCGCCGCAGGUCUCUGACGAGGCCUUCAACCUCUUCCACUCAAUCGACCGGGAGCUCUUCGCCCGCCUGACCCACCCCCUCGCCCGCGACCCGGCCGAGUCGGUCCGGGUGGCCGCCUUCUUCAUCUGGCUCGAGCGUGAAUUCCACGACACCUCCCUCGUUAGCCGCCUCCUCUCCCUCCCUCCCGCUCUCCUCAACGCCGCCGCCGCCGAGGCCGCCCUCUGCCUCCGCUGCGCCGAGUCCGACUCCUUCCCCUUAGCCGCCGCCGGAAACGUCACCCUGCUGCCGGAAAUUCUCGCAGGCGGAGGAAUUAGCCUCCGGCUGAUCCACGAGAACCGGGCCGCCGUCCUCUGGGCCGUCGCAAAGAUUGUCAGCACCGUAUGCGUUCGGGCCUUUGCAGACAUUCUCCCGUCGCCGCCGCCGCCACCGCCACCGCCGCCGGCGGUAUUGUAUCGUCCCCACCCGAACUUUCCGGUGGUGGGUGGCGGGCUGCUCCCAGUGCCUCCUCCGCCGCCGCAAGCCGGUGUUUUUCCGGCAGCCGGGGAUAUCAUGGGGAUGUUUGGUGAUUUCAUAGAGGACUUGAUAAUGCAAGAGGUAUGUGAAGAUGAGCAGGUUCUCUAUGCAAGGAUGGUGGCAAGAUCGACGGCAGUGAUCGAUGGAAUCGUAGGAGGGAACAAGGCUAAGUACGUGAUAAACGGGAAGCACGUGUGGGCCAGAAAGUACGUCAAGAAGCACCACCAUCAGGCGAGGUGGCCGCCAGCCAGAGGUGGCGACGACUGCCCGUCUUCUUCUUCUUCUCCAUCUUCAUCCACCGUGCUCGACGGAUAA